AUGGCGUUAAAACGUCUUUCCUCUUAUCUCAGAAUAUUAGCGAUAAUAUUAAUUAAUGUUGGGUUAGAUUUAAUAUGGUCAAACAAAAGGACCUGCUCUUCAGUAGGUGCUAGAACCUUGGAGUAUGAUGGGAGGUGCACCCAAUCCAAGGUUUUCAGAAACGAGUAUUUCAGUCUAUGCAACCAAAAUGGUGCAUAUGUCUUAGCAAAUGGUGGAUAUGUUCAUAUUCAAAAUCAAAGUACAGGCAAAAGAAUAGAUUGUGACAACCCAGAGUCUCGUUAUAAAGAUGGGAGAAUUGGAUCAACAACAUGGUUCUACAAAGGUGAGUCUUUACCUAGUAAUAGCUUCUCAACCUUUGCCACUCCAAUGUCAGUGCAUGAAAAUAUACAGUUAAAAAAUUAUCCAACUGGAUCGUGUCACAUAAUAUCAUAUAAUAAUGGCAUUUACGGUAAAGAUAAUUUUAUGGCUAUUGAUCACGAGAAUGGACAUUGCUUUAAAGAGAAUGGCCAGUACAUCUUGAUGAAUUGUACAGUAUUGUCAAGAUAUAAUGACUACAAUAUUAUUAUUAAAAUAAUUGGACCUGAGCUUAGUGAAAUAUCUAAUGCUCUUUCAGAUGGAAAUGAUAUGGUAGAGAAUGUAGACAAUUUAUAUCAUACCAAAAAUGAAUUGGUGUUCAAAGAGGAAUUAGAACUUAUUUUUAAAUCUCCACAAUUUUAUGAAAUACUCUUAGUCAUAAUAUAUACAAUAUGGAGAAGAAAACAAAAACACGACAAUCAACUAAAGGAUACAAAAGAAAAAAGUUUAGGAAUAUUAGUAAUAUUAAACUCUCAAACAAACCACAUAUGUCCAAAUAUAUGGGCAAUUCCUAUUUUGGUUGAGUUCAAUCCUAAUUAUUUUGGCUCGUGGGGAUACAUUAUAUCUGAGUUUGUUUCAAUAGUUUUAUGUUAUAUUCUAUUCUUAAUUCUAACAAUUACUAGUUUCUAUAUGACCCAUAUUAAUAAAGAGCAUAGGGAAAAGAAAUUUAAAUAUGCCUAG